AUGCGAAGGAGAGGAGGACGGGGGGAGAGCGCGCGGCGCGUGGGGGGACACCAGAGACUCCGCCCACCAGCGCCUGGACGCCGCAACGCGCCUCGGCGUACUGUCCGCAAGGCCGUGCCUUUGAUUUAUGCAAAUUUUCAAACAACCUCUUUUUUCGCAACUCGGCCAAAAGUUCCGCGCACGUCUCGGGUUACAUUUACAGACUGGGUGGUCGGUUUAGACGCGGAAUCUUUGCGCGAUUCCGACUUUGGAAUAGUAUUUGACAAUUCUGGUGUGGGUUGGAAAUAGAAAAUUGAAAAAAAGUUUGUCUUUUGAGGAAUUUUCCACUGACUAGGGAUCGUUAUCAGCUCAAAAUGAGACUUCUGAAGAAGAAUAGGUUCACUAGAUGCAGUUUCUCACUCUGAUUCCGAAUAUUUGCUCGAAACUAGCCCUCGAAGCCUAUAAGAAAAGUUAGUCAAAGUUAAAAAAUUUGAUCGAUCUCAUUCAUUAGUCCCAUUGUGAGUUGCGAACAUUCCCCAGUGAGACAAAAAUCUGAAAAAUCCAAUAAUUUACGAAACUUUCCUUUUUAAUAGUUCUUCAUCAUCAGUAAAAAAAAAUAGCUUUCAGUUUUUCGGGAAACUUCGAUUCUCAAAUUUUUCGAAGCUUAUUUUUCCCAAAAAACUAACGUCUGAUUGAAAAUCUUUACCGAAAUUUUUGAAGGAGCCAUAAAAGUCUCGAAGCAAAAGCAUUCUUCCUGCACAGUAAAUGUCAAUGCACUCGAAAAUUCAAAUUUGAGAAGAGUUCCAAAAAAGUUCAGUCGUGAAAAAAAGGAGAAAGAAAAUGGAUGAGGAGUGUCUUGUAUGGUAAAGAAUAGAUGAAAUUUGGGAAAAAUAUUGUCUCGUUUUGAUUCUGAACUAUUUCAGUCCAUCAAAAAAAGGGUCAAAAAUUUUUUUAAAAAUAAAUUUUCAGAAUAAUUUGUAGGUGAUGAUAGUAUUUCACAUCAAAAACAACAUCAAUCUUUUUUUCUCAACAGAAAUUACGAAAAUCUUACCAUUCAAAAUAAGUUCAAGGUUGCAAAUUCAAAAAAACCGUAACUUCAUUCAUUUGUCAGAAGUUUUUGAGGUUAAAUUUGAAACCAGCGUUCGAACUGCAUUUGAAAUUUAUAAAGAAGUUUAAAAAUUAUCCGAAAAAAAAAUUAAAAGUUAUAAAGAUCGGAAAAGUUGGAUCGAGUCUGAUGGAACUUUCAUAGCUUCGGUACUUCAGAAAUGUUGUCACGAGAGAUUUGCCACCGUGAAGACAUGCGCCCGACCAAAAAGCGGCUUGCGCGCAGCAGCAUCUGAAAGCAUUUGAUCAAGCCGUUGGAGUUCUACACGAGGUGGGAUUUUUGAAAAAAAGUAAAAAAACAAUUGAAAAAAAGAUUAAUGAAGCCGAGAUUUCAUUUAAGGUUAUGGCAAAAGAGAAUCGGGGGUUUUUUUAUUUUCAAUAAAAAAAUUAGUAUCUAAUUAGUCCAUGAACUUUAAAAUAUCUGAGAAAAUCUCUAGCGGCCACUGGAGAGGCUCCUCAAGGACUUGAAAAGAACACUAAAGUGGCCACUGAAACCACCUACAUGAAAGCCACUACUUUCCGUCUUAGUGGCCUCUACAAUAGUUUAGUACCACUUAGGCUCUUAAAAAGAUCACUAAAAAUCAUUCAAUUAAGUGGCCACUAAUUCGACAACUAUAUAGGCCACUAAAACUUGAAAACAUUGAAGUGGCCACUCAAAGUUUUCUCAGAUUUUUAUUUUCCACAUUUAAAAGAGGAGAAAAAUUUUGAAGAGUUCGUACCGAAGAGUUUUACCGAAUCAUAAAUUAUUUGUGAAUUUGUUGGAACAGCGAUGUAGUUUAAAAAAAAAUCUAUUUCUCAAGUUAUUCUUUAAGCUAGAUAGACGGCAAUAAACGGAAAAAUAACCCAAAAAAAUUCGAACUUUUCUUUUAAUUACUCAAAUUUUUUUGCAGCUUUCGAGAGAAAUGCAUGAAAAAUAACUAGUAUAAAAAUAUUUUUUUGAUUUGCCGUAAUUACAUUUUAAAAAGCAAACCGGAAAAAGUUCCCAUCUUUGUGCCCCUUUCUUCGGGCCCAACUGUCUCCCAACAUAAAGCUUGAGAAGAACAUUUUUUCUGAAGUGCGAGAAGGAAAAAAUAAUAUUAAAUUGCGUAUGUUGCCUGGAAUUAAUUGCGUCUUUCCGGUCUCUUGUUCAUCGUCACUUCUUCUUGUAAACUUCGACGUUCUUUGAUUCCUUCAGGAGCAGACUUCUGAAGGAAUCGGCUGAAAUCCGAAGCUUUUCCAUUUCCUAGUUGCCAAGGACAGCUCUUCUGCUUCUUUUUUAGGUUUUUACAACCCGGAUGAAUAAUUUUCGCACUUCUUCUAGGCUUCUUCCACACUUUCCAUUUUCACUCUUCCUUUUUUUGAUCAUAAAGUCGCAUUUUCCUCGUUUUUUGUAGAAUUGAAGUUUCACGCAGGAUGACUCGAAGCUUUUUGUUCAAAACCUUUCGCGCAAGUCGUUUUAGGUCGGUUGCGUCGAGCCUACAGCGUUCAUAUUAUUUUUAACAGCAGAAAAUCAUAGAAAUUCGUUUGGCUUAUUUUUGACUAUGUCUUCAUAAAUUCUUCCCAGUUUCGAUAUUUUUCUUAAUUUUUUUAUUUUAAUGAGCUAUUCAGAAUUUAGUUUUUUUAACGAUCACUAUAACUUUUGGGUCGUAAAACUUUUUUGAAUUCCUGUAGUAGCAUAGUCCUAAGGAACACAGUGAGAAAUUUAAAACCAUGACUAGUUUUCUCAUCAUAAAUGUCAAAUAUCACUUCGAAUCUUAAUUCUCGGACCUCGUUAACGCUCCCCGGACGUUUCUGAGCUAGUAAUCACUUAAGAGUUCUGAAGUUACUAAAGAAAUCACUAGAAAGUCUAAGACGCGUGUGUGCUUGCGUUUGUCCAUCUGUUGAAACUGAUUUAAAAACUGCCAAACUUUGCAGGCUAUAUAGAACAACGGCCUUGGUCAAAAGUAGCCCAAAAGUAGUUGAUCAAGUUGGAAACAUCUUCUUUUUCUUUCGCCCGUAGUUGAUCUAUUUGCGCCAUGAGGAGCUCAGAACCGAGUAGAUUCUGAAGCUGGAGUCCGAUGACCGUACUCUAGAAGAAAGCUCUAGAAUGAGAGCAGCGGCUUCGAGAAAAUACUUCAAACGAUGGGAAUUUUUUUUCCUGAUUUACAAAAAAAAGGCAGCUUAGAGGGCCAGAUCCAGGACCUAGGGUAAUCCCGUUUUUCUCCUGUUUUAUUGAGAAAAAAAGCAACUUGGAGGACCAGUUCUACAACUUGGAAGUGUGCCGUUUUUUUUAAAAUUUUUAACAAAAAAAGGCAAUUUGUAGGGCUAAGUCCCGGGCCUAAAACUGUCCCGUUUUUCUCCUAAUUUUCAAAACAAAACAACUUGGACGGCCUGAUCCAAGACCUAGAAAUCCCCUUUUUCUCCUGAUAAUUCAACAAAAAAGAAGGCAACUUGGUAGAUCCAAGACCUAGAAUUAGCUUGGUUUCCUCUGAUAUUUUAACAAAAAAGGCAACUUGGAGGGCCAGAUCCAGGAGGACGUCCGUGCCGCCGUCUCUCGGCCUCAGCCAGCGACGAUUUAUGACAUGCUUUAUUGCCGCGAUUCCAUCGAUCGCUUUUGCCAGAAAACCUCGACGCGCUGCACCCCCACUAACACACGUGCGUUCGCUUUUGUUUCUGGCCAAUUAAAAAAAAAAGAAGAAGACGACGAUUUUCUGGGGGUCAGGACACUGGAAGAUCGAUUCGAGUCGCAGAAAUGAAGUUCAAAAUCAAAAUUCUUUGAGAAUGAUCUGACUCUUGAGAGGUUUGAAAAUUUCAAUCAAAGUUCAGUUUACCACGAAAAGAUGAAAAAAAGCGCAUUGAAACAUAUCAACGAUAAAUAUUUUACGUGGCUGAAGAUUAUGGUUACUACAGGCCGCUUUGUAAAAUCUGUGUCUCAUGGCUCAGGGCGAGAGCAUCAGACUGUCGUUCACAAGGUCGCAAGUUCGACACCUGUCGCUGAAAAUGUUGCCAUUUUUGAAAAAAUAAUGUCUUCACUCACAUGUCAGAAUGUGUUGCUUAUUAUUUCUAAAACGCAUUUUUCAUAUUAUUCAAAUCUCAUGAUAUCAUUGAUAAAUUUUUGAUUCAAACAUUUAAAUUAUAAAAGGAGAAACCCAAAACUUUCAAGAUUAGUCCAGAAAAGCAUUUUAUCCGUUUUCCCACCGAUUCAAAGCCAAGUUUCGAAAAAAGAAAUCAAGGUUUUAUUGGAAUUUUCUCCAUAUUUCAAUACGAAUUUCAAAAAAUCAGAAUUUUCAUCAAGCCAUGAACGAAAAAUUUGAGUAACGCCUGAUUUUACCAAUUUCAUCGAAAAUUUCCGGUUUUUUGAGGUCACUCAAAGCUUUUUUGUAGAUAGUAUAUGUAGAUAAAUAUUUGCCAAAGAGCAGUUUUAUUUUAUGAGAAGGUCUUUUUCAAGCCACAUUCACUCUGAAAUGGGUUAAUGGGAAGGGAUUAAAAUGGAUCAGGGUUCUAUUUGCAUUACCGUAACCCUUCGCCGAAACUGCUUCUGGUUAAGAUGAAUUACGGUUUCAGCAAAAGUUCAAGGUUUGAGAAUGCAAUCAAAAUUUCGUUAAGCCCUCCGUUCAAAUAUGAAUAGUUUGAGAUGUUUUUGCGAAGAUCGUUUUGGGUGGGGCGCAAUUGAAAACUCGUUGAGAACUACCUAAUGCGACCAAAUAAAGGAGAAAAAAACUUCAAACUGCAAUUUUUAGAAAUGUUUCCAUGUCAGUUUUUUUAAAUUUAUUUUUUUCUAAAAAUAGUCAUGGAGCGCAAUUUUGAAGCUUUUUUUGUUGAAAAAAAUUGAAAAAGUAAAAAAAUUUUCUACUUUUUUUCGGAGCUCUCCCUUUGCAUAAAAAGUACUUUUUUUGAAGGUUUUUUUGGAAGUGUAACCGUAAGGCGCAAUUUCCGAAAUCUAUUUUUUUUCAUGAGAUCAAAUUUUCAACUGUAAAUUUUUUUAUAAUUUUUUUAUCAUCUUCAUUUUUUUCUCAAAAAAAAUACAGCUUUUUCAAAAAAUUUUCCAAUGUUUUUGCGGCUAUUUCUCUCUGUUUUCCCACGAUUCCACCACAAAAAAAGGAAGCCCAUUUAAGGAAACAAAAAAAAAGCGGCAGGGCUUGGUGCAAUGAAUACGCUUAGCCAAGCUGACCUUCUUCUCGUCGACAACAUGAGAGCUCUUUCUUUCAACCCAAAUCCGAACCCUUUCUAA